AGGCAGUAUGUACGAUUUCUAACAGCACCAUCAAAACAACCGUACCACAGCAGAAGUAGGCCACCUUCGGUCGGUAUCACAGACCGGCGCACAGCUGUUUUCUGAUAAGGGUUCUAUGCUACGCCCGCUCGCUCUGCUACCAUCCUGCAUCCUUCGCCGAACGACAGUAAGCGUUUCCGCCCGGCGCAACACAAUGGCCACCGAUGGCAGCGGCACGGCCCCGGCGACGACCCCGACGGCGACCGACAACGAGUACUCGGUCGCGUUCGUGACCACGCCGGACAGUGCGGUGGCAACGAAGCUGGCCCGCCAGCUCGUCGAGCGGAAGCUGGUCGCGUGCGUCAACAUCAUCCCGGGGCUGACGUCGAUCUACUCGUGGGAGGACAAGAUUAACGAGGACCCGGAGGUGCUGAUGAUGCUCAAGACGCGCACCGACCGGGUCGAGGAGGUGAUACGGUUCGUGCGGGAAAGCCACCCGUACAGUGUGGCGGAGGUGAUCGCGAUGCCGAUAGCGGCUGGCAACCCACCGUACCUCGACUGGAUCGGCAAAACUGUCCCCAAGCGGGACGGGUAGCGCGGGUGCCAUAGGAAGCGAGCAGGAGAAGAAGUUUUUCCUUUUUUUUCUUUUGCGCAUGGGACGGGGAAUUGGGCGACGAGAAUUGAUAUUAUGGUAGAAUAUAGAACGGAGGGGGAAAUUUCUGUACUGUAA